AUCCGGUAUUUCGUGCGCAAGGUUCACUAUGGCGAUGAAUAACAUCCCAUGGCAUUGUUCCCAGUCUAAGGGAGGCGGCUUGCAGACAAUCAUAGAGGCAUCGAAAAGAGACAAUUGCAGAGAAGAAGACCCUAGAGCCGUCGACCUCCAGGGAAUCACAGCAGGGCUGAGAGACCAGCCCCCCCCUCCCAGACAGAAGCCAGUUCACUAACCACAACCAUGCCCGGAAGGAGGUGUUUUGGGAUCAAGAUCAUUGUGCUGAGCGUCCUAGCGUUCACCACGCUGCUGUUCAUCUACCCCUUCCCGGACACCAAGCUGCUCUUCAAGCAGGCUUCCCGCCUGCUAGAGGGGCCCUCGGCCUCGGAUCUGUGCGCGUGUCCGGCCCAAUGUGUGGCCGAGACGCAGGGCCACCAAUGGUUCUCUGAGCGCUUCAACAGAUCUGUUUACCCUCUCCUGACCAAGGAGAACUACACGCUGCCUAAGGAUGCCUUCAACUGGUGGAUGAGGCUGCAGUCGUCGCGCAGCGGCGCCAACUUCAGCCAUGUGAUGAAGGAAGUGUUCUCCAUGUUCCCGGGCGAGUCUCUGUACCGGGACGCAGGCCCCGACCGCUGCCGCAGCUGUGCUGUGGUCGGCAACUCGGGGAACCUCAAGGGCUCUUAUUAUGGAAGGAUGAUCGACUCCAACGACCUUGUCAUAAGAAUGAACCAGGGUCCUACCCAGGGGUUUGAAGACGACGUUGGGGCCCGUACCACCCACCACCUUAUGUAUCCCGAGAGUGCCAAGAACUUGGACCCCGAAACCAGUCUCGUGCUGAUCCCAUUCAAGAUCCUUGACCUGCAGUGGCUCCUGAGUGCCUUCACCACUGGCCAUAUUAAACAAACAUAUCGACGUGUCCUGCCGACGAUACAGGCAGAUAGAGCGAAGGUGCAGAUUUACAGUCCGGUGUUCAUGAGGUACGCCUAUGAGAACUGGUUGGACAAACACGGACGCUAUCCCUCCACCGGCUUCUUCAGCUUGAUGUUUGCACUGCACAUAUGUGAUGAGGUGAGCGUGUUCGGAUACGGGGCGGACAAACGCGGGAACUGGGACCACUAUUGGGAGCACAACGCCGGGGCUGGCCAGUACAGGUCUGUGCACGGCGGUGACCACGAGUACAACAUCACGCGGUACCUGGCCACCACGAACAAAAUCAAAAUGUAUGUUGGCACCUGAUGCCAUGUCAGGAUAGGAUAGCCUCCCCCCCCCCCCCAAAAGGGCUUAAUAGGGCAUAUAUUUAUGACACGCUCCUGACCCUAGCCCCCCUGAGGAAAAGAAAAAACUCCCUUAGCGAGCAAGCAAGAAAACUUGAGAAGGAACGAGAAUGGGGGAUCCCCACUUCCAGGGAAGGUUAGGAGGGCAAUGGGUGCCAUAAUUGUGAGAAAAAUCUAGGAAUCUAGGAGUUCAGUUGUAGUCACUGCAAUAUGCCAGGCAUCCACAACACACUAAAACAGUCAGAAUAAUGAAUUAGAAGGGGAAAGUGCAUCCAAAAAAUGUAGACCACUGCUAAUUUGAGUACACAAACAAACAAGAACAAACAUGAAUGGACACAAUCAGAAACAGAAACAUUCAUAUGAUCAGACAGACACUGACAGAUUUCAUUCUCGCAUUGGGAUUCAGUGCCGGCAUCAGUAUCGUUUGACACCCCUAUGUUCCAAACGAAAGACACAGGGGCGUAGCCACCAUUGGUCAGAGGAUGGCCACCCCGCUGUCCCCGCGAGCCUGGAAGAAAAUAAAUCCUGAAAAGAAUUUCAGGAUUUCGGGUUAGGGUUUGUGGUCAUUCUACUUUUUCUACAUGGACUCUUGAUGUGAAUUGGGACCUAUUUUAUUGGUCCCAAUUUACUGGUAUGUUGUUUUUUAUGUUUUUGACUUGCCUUAGGACAACGGAUGUAAAUUAGCAACUAAGCUAACUCCGGCAUAUUUAUAUUGAUGCUCUGGCUGACAUGUUGGUUAAUGUGCAAUGUCCUAAUCAAAUAAAUAAAUAAUAAUAAAAUAAAAUAAAGAAAGCUGAAAUAUAUGCAUUAUUAUUUUGAUCUAAUUUUGACUUAUUAUUUUUAUUUAAAGUCUUAUAUUUUCAUAUUAUAAAUAAAUAUUGCACUUGAAAUGCUACGGUUUAAUUGAAUAAAUUAUUGCCUAAAAUGACAA